AUGCCCCCUCUACCCCCUACCUCGCCCAAGCAGUCCCGCGUCGCCAACUUUCUCGACGCCGACGACCAAGACGAUGGAGACUUGCAUGAAGAGCAUUCAGCGCCGUCGACCCCGGUGCGCAAGCUGAAAGCGAAACGGAAACACGGUCAUAGCCCGAAAGUGAAUGGGGAUGGUGAGGGACCGAGGAGUGCGAAGAAGAAGAAGAGGGUGGAGGUGAAUGGGGUGAAGGGGAAAGAUGGGGGGGCGGAGGGGAGGAUGAAGGAGGCUGCGAGGUUGUUGGAGACGAGGAAGAAUCUGCCGUUCUAUCAAGGACGGAAGAUGAUUCUCGAAGAGAUCAUGUCGAACGACACCACCAUCGCAAGAUGUGGUAAAUCGACCCAACUCCCCCAACUACUCCGCUCUCACCCCCUAUCCCUCUCGACAUAUACCCGCCCCCUCAAGAACCCUGGCCCGUCAAUAGCAAUCACCCAGCCCCGCCGACUGCCUGCCAUCUCUCUAGCGGCGAGAGUCGCGCAAGAGGCUGGGAGCGUGCUGGGCGGGGAGGUGGGGUAUAGUGUCCGAUUUGAGGACGUCACGAGUCGAGAGACCAAGGUGCGAUACCUCACAGAGGGUGUUUUGAUGAGGGAGCUUUCAGGGGAUCUGAGUGGGGGCGAUAACGAGGAAGAGGUGGAAGGAGAGUCGUAUAAAGGGCUCAACUUGCUACUGCAUUACGACAUUAUCAUCCUCGACGAGGCGCACGAGCGGACGCUCAAUACCGACUUUUUGUGUGGGACUCUCAAAAAGGUGCAGAGGAUCAGGAAAGAGUUGACAAGGAGGCAGAAGGAGAGUGAGGAGAAGGGCGAGAGGAUUACGGGGAAGAGGAUGAAGGAGCUAAAGUUGGUGGUGAUGAGUGCUACGUUGGACCCGAGCAAGGGGCGAGAUGCUCUGCUGGUGAAGGGCCGAAUGUACAAAGUCACAACGCAGCACGUUAUGGAGCCUGUCGAAGACUACAUCGAAGCUGCUGCGCGACAAGUCAUGAGUAUUCACUGCACCCCUGGAGCAGAGGGCGAUGUCCUCGUCUUUAUGCCUGGUUCCGAGGAGAUCGAAAACUGCGUCGAGCUCCUCAAACGCGCCUCCUCCCAACUCCCCGAUACCCACGCUUCCCUCCAAGCCCUCCCCCUCUACGCCGCCCUCCCCCCGGCCGCCCAGUCCAAAAUCUUCACCCCUCCACCUCCUUCCACCCGGCGCGUGAUUGUAUCCACAAACAUCGCCGAAACGUCCAUGACCAUCCCCGGCGUAGCGUAUGUGGUGGACACGGGGUACAAGAAGGAGAAGGAGUAUGUGUUUAGGAAUAGCGGGGCGCUGGAGCAUUUGAGGAAGAAGGGGAUUAGUAGGGCGGCGGCGUGGCAGAGGACGGGUCGGGCGGGACGUGAACGUGCUGGGCAUAGCUAUCGGCUGUACACUGAAAAGUUCUUCAGCGACAUGCCAGAGUUUGAUGCGCCAGAGAUACAGCGGUGUAACCUGUCGUCUGCGGUUUUGCAACUCAUUGCCAUGGGCCAGAACCCCUUCGAGUUUGAAUACAUCGACUCCCCGGGUCGCGAGUCUAUCCUCGCGGCAUACCAAGAACUCUCCGGCCUGUCGGCCAUCUCCUCCGCCACAUCCCUCACCGACAUUGGCCGACAAAUGCUUCUCUUCCCUCUCGACCCUCCCCACGCCCGUAUUCUACUCGCCUCCUUCGCCCUCGGCUGUCCCGCCGAAAUCAUCGACAUCCUCUCGCUCGCCAAUGCCGGCGGUAACUUGUGGGUGGACAAGGUCAGCGAGCGAGACCAAGCCGCCGAGGCUCGGAGCAAGUUUAUCAACCGCGAAGGCGACCACUUGACGGGCAUGAACGUCUUGAGGGCGUAUCUCGAGCUCAAAGAAGCUAAACAAGACCCCUCCUCCGCCGCUCGGGGCCUGGACACCUCUCAAACACUUCAAGGCUGGUGCAAGACCAACCACGUCAACGCCAAGACACUCACUCAAGCGAUCAAGAUCCGGGCGCAGCUGCGCGAGCUGUGUGAGAGACAUGGGAAGGAUUGGAAGACGACUUGUGGGGCAGAGUGGGGGGUGGUGGGGAGGGCGUUGUUGAGUGGAUUGUUUAUGAAUAGUGCGGUGGUUCAGGCGGAUGGGACGUAUAGGCAGACGGCUGGUAAUCUUACGGUCAAGAUCCAUCCUUCAAGCGUACUCAUGUCCAAGAAAGUCCCGGCGAUCCUGUACGACGAACUCGCAAUCACCACAUCUUUCUACGCCCGAAACGUCUCUGCAUUCGAGCAGCAAUGGCUCACCGAGAUUCCGUGGUUCAAGCAAGCCGGGACGGGAGUUGCGAAAGCUGUUGAGAAGAGGAGUGUGUAA